AUGGAGCCCCGCCGAACCCCUCCGGAGUACUUCCUGGAGAUCUUCGCUGACACCACCACGGUGCGCGAUGUAUUAAAGGGCGUCCUCAACCUCAUCUUCUUCCACCGCUACUUUCCCUCCAUUCGUCCCAUCACCUUCGAUGUCCUCGACUUCACCCUCCCCGCCAUCAACGACGCCGACCUCGAGACCUUGAUCGAUUCGCGAGUCGCCGCACUAGUCCGUCAGCACCUAUCCUCCGCUGCUGGCGCUGCGGAUGGGAGCCCUGCGGGUGGUGCUGGCGGGGGAGGGGGAGUCCGGGGUCGGAUCGCAGUGGAAUUCUACGAGAAGAAGCGGCGUCGUUCGGGUCUUUGGUUUGGUGGACUGUCUGGGAAGGGGCAGGAGGAGGUGUGUUGGGAGAUUUGGACGCUGGAUGUGACCAUUGCGACGCCGCGGACUGAAUCUGAACGAGCGAAAGUCCGCAAGGCUAUGGGGAAUAUGCUGCAGAAAGCGGCGCUGAAGAUAUUGGCCGUUGUUAACAAGGAUAAAGACCAUAUUCCACCAAUUACCACCAGCGAUUCGAACCCCUUCCCGUACCGGAUCGUGGUCAAUCCGAGGACGGAUGGCUGGGGCAAUCGGAUGGGGCUUUAUUGA